AUGGGUGCUGCCGUGUCAACGCUGCCAGCACUGGCGGCUUCAACUGCUACAAUAGCGUCCGCAUUUCGAAGCCCGGGCCCCAAUCCGACCAUACAAGUGAUAAUGAACCGACCGCAAGACGAGGCUGCCAUACGGGAGGCACAGCAAAGAGCCCAGGAAGCCAAAGAACUGGCGGAGCGUGUCCGCCAAGAAGCACGGGAGGAGUACCAACAUACAAUGGAGCGUUUAGAAGAGGUGAAUGAAGGUUCAAGUAGGGCACGUGAAGAGGCGCACAAAAUGAUGAUGGAGAUGCUGAAGGCAGAGCGAGCAGCAAUGAGGGCAAGAGUAGAGGCUGAGACCGCUACACAAGCAGGACGAGCAGAUGACAUGAGGCUCGCUGAGCAGGCGGCACGAGAACGGGAGCGAGCCGGAAAAAUGCAAGAGCGAGCAAGAAGAGCAGAAGAGGCUGCGAAAGAAGAAGCAAAGAGAGCGAAAACGAUAGCCAAAGAAGAGCGUCGUAAGGCGAAUACUGCUCGCACCAAGGCACAAAAGGCAGUCCAGACAGCCAAGGAGAAGGUGAAGCAGGCUAUAUCUACAAAGGAGGAGAUAGAGGAACGGUGGAAAGAGGGUAGUCAACCCAUUGUCACACCGAGUGUGGCAGAGCUGGCGGCUGCGAAAAGGCGAAUCCAGUACAAAGAGGGACUCCUCCAUUUCGCUGUCGCUGGUGUCUCAGGGGGCGGCAAGUCUUCCCUGAUCAACGCGUUUCGUGGUUUACGCAGCAGGGAAGCCGGCGCCGCGACUGUCGGUGUCACUGAGACGACCCACGUGCUUUGCAGAUACCCAGAUCCCAAUCCUCAACACUCGCUCGUUUGGUAUGACAUCCCUGGUGCAGGCACACUCCAAAUUCCCGACUGGCAGUAUUUCAAUGCCCAAGGCCUCUACGUCUUCGAUUGCAUCAUUGUCUUGUUCGAUAACCGCUUCACGAUGACAGAUGUUGCUAUUCUGAGCAACUGUGCACGAUUCGAUAUUCCUGCUUACAUCGUGCGGUCUAAGGCAGACCAACACAUCAGGAACGUUAUGAAGGAGAUGGGGUACGAUAGUGACGAUAAACAUGGUAAUGCUGGAUUGCGCGACAGGCUCUACAGCGAGGCACGACAGCAUUUUAUCGGUGAAACCCGGAAGAACGUCAAGUCCAACCUUGAAGGCGCGAACUUACCGAACAGACGGGUAUAUAUCGUUUCCAAUGAUGCACUCCUGUCCAUCGUUAAAGGAGAGGCACCGAAAAAGGCCAUCGAUGAGACAGAGUUGCUCAGAGACAUUGUCAACCAAACGCUGGCUAGGCGGAGAAUGGUUCGGAGGCAUCCACAUCGUCCUGAUCGUCGGGUUCUCUAG